AUAAAACUCCCUAAAAAAAUAUGAAUUUCGAGUGAAAUUCAUUCCCAGCAAAUUUGUCGAGUACGCUUCAAUUCGAACUGUUCGAAAUUGGCACCCAAAACCCCCCAAGAAAAUGGCGACUUCCGCCGUAGAUGGUGGUGGUAGUAGUAUUGGCGGAGAAGACAUAAAGUUCAGCGUAAUGGUUAGCCUAUUCCAGUGGAUACAGAAGAGCAAAUCAUCAGCGCAGAAGCGGUCCAAGUUCCGGAAGUUUCUAGACGCCUUCUGCAGGAAGCCUCAGGACAAUUUCGCUGCUAUGCGGCUCAUUCUUCCUGGUCUCGACCGAGAGCGUGGCUCUUAUGGACUCAAAGAGCACGUGCUUGCCACGUGCCUUAUUGAUGCCCUUGCCAUGUCCCGUGACUCCGAUGAUGCCCGACGGCUCCUCAACUGGCGUAAAGGCGGCCCCAAAACUGGCUCCAAUGCCGGAAACUUCUCUCUUGUCGCUGCCGAGGUCCUCCAACGUAGACAGGGAAUGGCCUCUGCUGGGCUAACAAUUAAGGAACUAAAUGAAUUCCUUGAUCACUUGGCGUCCAGUGAAAACAGAGCAGAGAAGACUUCAAUUCUGUCUGAUCUCAUCAGAAAAACAAAUGCCCAAGAAAUGAAAUGGAUUAUAAUGAUAAUUCUGAAAGAUCUUAAGUUGGGAAUUAGUGAAAAGAGCAUCUUCCAUGAAUUCCAUCCUGAUGCAGAGGACUUAUUCAAUGUCACAUGCGAUUUAAAACUAGUUUGUGAAAAGUUGAGGGACAGAAGUCAACGGCAUAAACACCAGGACAUUGAAGUUGGAAAAGCGGUCCGCCCUCAGCUGGCUCUUAGGGUCAGUAAUGCAUCUGCUGCGUGGAAAAAGCUUCAUGGGAAGGAAGUAGUUGUUGAGUGCAAAUUUGACGGGGAUCGUAUCCAGAUUCAUAAAAAUAAUUCUGACCUAAACUUCUUCUCAAGAAACUUUUUUGAUCAUCAAGAGUAUGCUCAUGGAAUGUCAGAUGUUAUUACACAGAAUAUUCUUGUUAACAAGUGCAUACUUGAUGGUGAAAUGCUGGUUUGGGAUGCAUCAAUGAACCGCUUUGCAGAGUUUGGUUCCAAUCAAGAAAUAGCAAAGGCUGCAAGAGAGGGUCUUGAUAGUGAUAGGCAGUUGUGCUACAUUGCAUUCGAUAUUCUUUAUGUUGGGGAUACCAGUGUUAUUCACCGAAGCUUGAAGGAACGUCAAGAGAUUCUCCAGAAAGUCGUGAAGCCCAUAAAAGGCCGUUUAGAAAUUUUAGUCCCUAAUGGCGGUCUUAAUGCUCAUCGUCCUUCUGGUAAGGAUGCUCUUCGAUUCAAUAGAGAUGAAGGAAUUGUUUUGAAAGACCUAACUUCAAAAUGGGAACCCAGUGAUCGGAGUGGAAAAUGGCUAAAGUUGAAGCCUGAAUAUGUUCGAGCUGGCUCUGAUUUGGAUGUUCUUAUUAUUGGAGGCUACUAUGGUUCUGGGCGCCAUGGAGGAGAGGUAGCUCAAUUUCUGGUUGGUCUUGCAGAGCGUCCAGCUCCAAAUACAUAUCCCCGAAGGUUCAUUUCUUUUUGCAGAGUGGGCACUGGAGUUUCUGAUGAGGAACGUAAUACCAUAGUAACUCGAUUAAAGCCCUAUUUCCGGAAGUAUGAGUACCCGAAGCAGGCACCACCAACGUUUUAUCAAGUAACAAAUAAUGCAAAAGAGCGACCAGACGUGUGGGUUGAAAGUCCAGAGAAAUCCAUCAUUGUUUCGAUUACAAGUGACAUUAGAACAAUAAGAACUGAGGUAUUUGCUGCUCCAUACAGCUUGAGAUUUCCACGUAUUGAUCGAGUGAGAUAUGAAAAGCCUUGGCAUGAGUGUCUUGAUGUGCAAUCAUUUGUUGACCUGGUACAUUCGAGCAAUGGUACCACGCAGAGGGAGGCAGAUUAUGGAGUUGGGCAGGAUCAUGAACCAAAGGCCAUUAGGUCGUCAAGAAAACGAGGGAAAAAGAAUGUUUCUGCAGUUCCUUCUCAUUUUGUACAGACUGACGUGUCUCACAUCAAGGGUGAAACGUCAGUGUUCUCUAACAUGGUGUUCUAUUUUGCUAAUGUGCCUUCAUCACAUACACUUGAUUCCAUGCACAAAAUGGUGGUCGAGCAUGGGGGUUCUUUCUCCAUGAAUUUGAAUAACUCAGUUACUCACUGUAUAGCAGCUGAAAAUAGAGGUAUCAAGUUUCAAGCUGCAAAACUUCAUGGAGAUGUUAUUCACUGCUCUUGGCUCUUUGAUUGCUGUCUGCAAAAGAGGCUCCUUCCUUUACAGCCAAAGUAUUUUCUUUUCCUUUCUGAUUCAACAAAGAGAAAGUUGGAAGCAGAAGUGGAUGAAUAUUGUGAUUCUUUCUACUCUGACCUCAGCGUCAAAGACAUUAGAAAGCUUUUGAGCGACAUAGAACGCUCCGAAGACUCCAAAACUGUUGAGUACUACAAGAAAAAGUACUGUCCCAAGGAUAAAUGGGCUCGAUUUCAUGGUUGCUGCAUUUACUUUUUCAUUCCAGAGCAGUGUUUGAAAUAUUCAGAUUGCAAGGCUUUAGUGGAACUCGCUACGAGAAGGAUGAAAGUUGAAAUUUCUGUGGGUGGUGGGAAAGUUGGUGACAAUCUUUGUCAUGUUACCCAUGUGGUGGUCAUGUCUCUACCAGACUUUGAUGUAAAUUUCAGUGAAGUUUUAAAUAGUUUCUCAGAGGCAGAGAAGCAUGUUUUGUACAACACAAAACUGCACGUUGUCAGGGCAAGUUGGUUGGAGGAUUUCUUUAAAGAGGACCGGAAGUUACACGAGGAUAGUUACAGCCUAAAGCCUAGCAAUUUUCAAAUGUCAAUCUCUGAGAAGAGACAUGAUAAGGUAAGAGGAAAAGCCGUAAAGUGCAAAAGAGCAUCUUCCCCUGAUAAUCACGGAGUACAAAUCAAAGCAGAAGGAAUUUCAGAACAGUGCCAAGCCAUCACGCUACCUAAGGGGGAUAGAAAGAGAAAUAGAUUAAGACCUACUGGUACUGCUACAGCAAAAGCAAAACCAGCAAUCAACAUGCCAUGGAGAGUUAGGCGCAAGGCCACAAAUAGACGUGCUAAGAUUCAUGAAAAUGAAUCUGAUGAAAGUGCCACUUCAGGUGAGCACCUUCAUAAUGAUGAGAGUGAAGGGGCUGCUGGGACUCGUGGAAGUCCUGAAAAUGUUGGAGAGCAUGGCUCAGGAAUUCAGAACAAGGAUGUUGCAGAUGAUUUGGAAUUGUCACCACAUGGUGAAACAUUUCCACAAGGCACUUCUGAAUGCAGUAGGAGCCGUGAAAGAUUGGACGAAGCUCACGAAACUUCAUAUGAAAGUGCAAAUAUUGCCAGUGGUAAGCUGGAAGACCCUGUUGAUCCAGUCCAAGCUAUGUUAUUGCAUAUGAUACCCCAGCUGGAUGGUAAGCCAAGCCAUAGUGUGGACAGUCUUGUAAAAGACGACAAACCAGAGGCAGAUGCUAAUCCUAGUCCUAAAAAGAAAAAGAAAGUUAGCUAUAAGGACGUAGCUGGUGAAUUGCUCAAAGAUUGGUGAAACACUUUAUAUCAUGUAUGUUCCCUUCUUACCCUUGACUAGAUGAUUUAUAGCCAUACAAUUAUGUAAGACUUGUUUUAAAUCACAAGUUUCAAACGUUUAACUUUCUUUCUUAAA